UACAACUUCAAGCCAUUUAGUCAGACACAGUGCUGUGGUCAGGGGUGGAAUGUCAGCUUCAGAAAUGGCCAUGUACCCUUACCAAACAAAUACUCCAAGCGCAAGCAACACCAUGAUAUCACCAGUGUACGCGAACCAAAGCUACGCGGACUUCUACCGUCAAGGCUCGUCUCCGUAUCCAUCCGUUCAUUUUCCAGUGUACGGACAUGCUGGGCAGUAUGAACCGAGGCAUGGCCCAGAUAGAUUUUAUGGGCCUCCUAUUCCACGAUCUCAACACCCCGCUAGACAAGACAUGGUCAAACCUCCAUACAGCUAUAUUGCUCUUAUUGCUAUGGCUAUCCAAAGUGCACCCGAAAAGAGAGUCACACUCAGUGGGAUUUAUCAGUUUAUUAUGGACCGAUUCCCUUAUUACAGGAACAAUAAACAAGGCUGGCAGAACUCAAUUAGGCAUAAUCUUUCUCUUAACGAGUGUUUUGUGAAAGUUCCCCGCGAUGACAAGAAACCGGGCAAAGGUAGUUACUGGAUGUUGGAUCCUGACAGCUUAAACAUGUUCGAGAAUGGCAGCUAUCUUAGGAGGCGAAAACGCUUUCGAAAGAAAGAUGUAGUCAAGAGUGAAGAGGGUGAUAGUUCUGAGGAGAAGAACGAGAACGGUGAGGAAAACACCUCAGCUGAAACAACCAAUACAAGCAAUGACAACGCACAUAAAUCCACUUCCGUUAGUAAGAAUGGAAGUCAAAAGCAGCAAUCAACUGAUCAACAAACAAAGGAAGAAAACUCUCCAGACCGCGAGAGCAGUCCAUCACCCGACAGAGAGAUGGUGGUUGUAAAUAUCCCGCGAGGAAAGCGAGAGUCUCCGCAGACCGUCGUCAAAAGAGAACCGUACAUGAUGGACGACGACAAUCGAUCUACGCCUCCAUCUUUCCCUACCGCACCUCCUCGCCAGUGCUUUGAAGAUCAGACCUCGUACGGUUAUAAUGGGUAUUGUACGUAUUCUCAGGCCCAACAAAACUACUCUCCAUCGACGUAUGCGUGUGGUUCGUAUUCAAACAGUCCUCCAAACGGUGCAGAGAGACCUGCCUUGAGCCAGUUUGUCAACGACUCUCACGCGGAACCCGGUGUUCAGACACGCUAUUCUCCACAUCUAAGUCAUUACAAUCAAACGAAUCCUCACGCAGCUCUAGAAGAACCUCUCCACCGUCAGCAGCAUACACCGUACACGUCCUACGAGACUACAAGAAGUGGCUGGUAUAGUCAUCACCAGUACGGCUCGAGUCCCGCCAUAGCUACUGAAGUUUCUCCAGUGGUACCCUCCCCGCACAGCCAAACACAGCACAGCCAAACAGCUGCAAGCCAUCCAUCGUUCCCCAACGUGAGAGAGAUGUUCGAGUCCCAGAGACUGAUCGUGUCCAAUGGAUCUGUUACUGGAUGUAAUGUUCAGCCUUCACAAGGUCAGUUUGGAGCUGGAAGUGCCACUUAUAAUAGUACUAGCAACUCGGGCUCUCUUUAUUGACCUUGAAAUUACUAGUAUAUUCUGAAUGAAGCGAACUAUCAAUGCAUUUUAUUUAGGUCUGUUUGCAUCCUCUAGAACGUUGAACUUGUUUUCAGGCACUUACAGGAAAAAAUAUGAGUUGUAAAUUUUCAUUUCUUGUAUUCAAGUGUUACAUAGACGAUUUUUGAAGCUCGUAAUUUGUACGUGGAAAUCUUGAAGAGCCCAAUUGAAAAAAUUAAUUGAAUUGAUUGUCUGGUCGAGAGAGAAGAUAAGUGAUACUUUUCUCGCCAAGAGAGUUAGAUGAAUAUUUUUAGUGAUAAUUUAGCUACGAAUAAUCCAUUGAUUUGAAUUUCGUACUCGUUUAUUUAGAAAGUUUUUCUCUAAAUUCCAAAGCGAAAUUUUUCAUUCAAAGACAUGUACUCAAAAGGCCACGGUUCUUCUCGUAUCCUGCUAACAAACACAGCACGAUUGCUAGUAAUGUUGUCAUAUUCUUAACCACAACAAGCAAGCACUGUAAGACGAUAAAUGCAACUCGUAUGUACAGUUUGCGAGCUGAUCAGGGUAAUUAUAUAAAAUAUAAAGCCAUCAAAAUUUUGUGGGCAAUAAUUCUUAAUCAAAUGUUGUAGUUCAGUAAUGAUGCGUUCGCUUCCUACCAAUAACCUUCAGCUAUAUAAUCUUAUUACGCGCGUCUUUGUAAAUUACCCUUAACCGUAUGUAAACUUGAGAUCCAGUCAAACUUGUAUAUUAUCAAUUAUCMUAUUUUCUUUACGGUAGAUUAUUGUUGUAACUUGUUUAUAGUCGUUUGUUCAAUUUUGUUACGCUGUAUAUUUGUUGCUUUAAGUAUAUUUAGGAGAUCAACUGGCUAGUGUAUCGAAGAGAACUGUUACUACUGACCCUCUGUGUUUGUACCAUGUACAGAUCAUGGAGUAGAAAGCUGUUCGUACAUGUCGGUCAAUAAAGCUUAAAAGAGUAUCAACUG